AUGGGAAAGUCUAAGGUGGCUCCGGAAAAAAGACUUUCAAUUCCACGACUUGAGUUAUGUGGGGCGGUAUUACUUGCUCGCUGUCUGGAACAUAUCAGUACCAACCUAAAUGCCAUUCCAAUUGAAGCCACGACUGCAUGGUCCGAUUCAACCGUAGUCUUGGCUUGGAUUCAGACACCUACAGCAAAACUCAAGACGUCUGUGGCAAAUCGAGUUGCCAAAAUUCAGCACAUGACGUCUCCGAAGAUUUGGAGACACGUACCUACAGCACACAACCCUGCAGACUGUGCGUCCCGAGGUGUAACCCCAAAAGAGCUAGUGGACCAUCAGAUUUGGUGGGGCGGUUCAGUAUUUCUCACCCAACCAACAAAUACCUGGCCUCCGGUGACACCUAUCACGUGUCUGGAUAAGAUGGAACAUCAAGUCGAGGAGAAACAACUUGCUCUUUUAAUCACUAAGUCCGUAGAGGAAUGUCAACUAUUGUAUGCAUCAGCAGAACUUCCGAAAGUUCUACGUCUCACCGCCUAUUGGUUACGAUUUCGAAGAAAUCUGUCACACCGACCCAUCUCCUUUGAUCAUUCCAAACCACUAGGAGCAAAGGAAAAGGAGGAAGCAUUGCACGCCCUAAUCCGAUGGGUCCAAAAGGUACAUUUCGCAGAGGAUUUGAAACGUCUCACGUCAGGAGAGCCCUGUACCCAUAAACUGCUAUUACUUGGAACUUAUCUAGAUUCGGAAGAGAGUCUUCUCAGGGUGGGCGGUCGCCUCCGGUCCUCUGACCUUCCAUAUGAGACAAAGCAUCCCAUCCUGUUACCAAAACAAUCUCCAUUAACUGUCCUACUCAUUGAUUACAUCCACCGCCUGCAUUGUCAUCCUGGGGCGCAAACCACCCAAAAUAUUUUGCACCAAAAGUUUUGGAUAAUAGCGGCCCGAGGCGCCAUUCGUAAACAUCUCCGCCAGUGCAUACCCUGUUUCCGCACCAGACCAAAACCGAUGCAACCGAGCAUGGGAGAUUUACCCCGACCACGACUAGUCGGAACUAAGGUUUUUACACAUGUAGGAGUGGAUUUCGCCGGACCGUUUUUGGUAAAGGCUGCCUUACUCCGACGUGUACAGACAACCAAGGUUCGCUCAAAAUGGGGCAAAGACCAAUGCAAUCUUGAACCUGGGGACCUAGUAAUUAUAAAAGAGCCGACACCACCUCUUACCUGGAAGACUGCACGGGUGAUGGAAGUACACCCAGGAGAGGAUAAGAUUGUACGCGUUGCUACAGUUCGAAUUGCAAAUCGAACGGUGAUCAAACGUCCGGUGGUUAAAUUGUGUCGCUUACCACUCGUAUUGUGA